GACAAGAGUAGAAGCAUUUUUGACUGCUUACGAGUGCGUUUAUUGGAGUCUUUACUCAUAGACAGCAACUAACUGUAAAUCUUCGUUCAUUCUUUGCAAUGGAGGGCAAAUUGCCAAGGGAGCGGCUGUCAGAACACAAACGCUCCGUUCUAACCAACGAUGCCGUCAUCAAGCAAGGAAAGCAAUCGAGUCUGCAAGAAGUUAUCGAGUGGCGAGGCCGUGCUAGCAAUGUGGCCAGCGCCACGCAUAGCAACGAUUCUUCCAGUCAUCACGAUACGUCAAACAAGUCCAAAAGUCGUCCGUCUGAGGUUGAUGACGAAAAAGCUUCCGGCAGCGCCGGUAUCGUCAAAACCGGUGCUAUAGCAAGUUCGGAUGAAAUGGCUUUCCAGAAGGCGCAAGAAUCAUCCAAAAAGAUGGCUGCUAGACUUCCAACUGACCAGAAACGGCCUUCAAUGUCCGACCUGUCGUCCGCAUCGUCAAUACCCGUAAGCACGGAACAGACUGACGUUAAAAAAAGGAAAAAGAGGCGUUCCCGGGGAUGGACCUUCAAUGAUGUCGAAAGCGCCACAGAACGCUCAAACAAAAAUAUCAAGAUUACAAAAGCAGGGCCAUUUCGGGAUCAUAAGGACAAUGCUGAUAAACGCGGUAAUUUCGAAGAUGUUGACGGUAAACUGAUAUCUUAUGAUCAAGCCAGCACAGGUUCCUUAGCUGUGGAAGGAAGGCUUGCCAAGAACUCUGGACUGAGGAGAGAAGAUGCCAAGGCCGCUGAGAAACGAGAGUACAAUCGAGUGAAUGCUGCCCGAGCUCGGCUCCGCAAUAAAGAAAUGGUCGAGGAAUUGCAAAAGAACGUUAUUGAUCUGAAUGCCCAUAUUGUCGAAUUGGAACGAUCAAACGAAAUCCUCCGGGCUCAAGUCGAGGUUUUGGGCAGCAGGAGUCAGAGUCUCCUCACGACGAGCCAAGUACCGACAGCUGCGGCCCCUGAACAAGAGUUAGACCAUGUGCAGUCUUCCACAGCUGCAAUUGUUGCACCUAGUUUUAACACUCCAAUUUUUUCUGUCCAGCAAAGUGGUACAGGUACAGGGCAACCUUCCCCUCAUCAAAAUGUGGUUGCAGUAGAGCAACUGUUGGCUUCGAUCCUAGGAAGAAGCCUUCCCCAGUUAGAACAACCUCCAUCACCGCCAGCGCUUGACAAUCUAUCUUUGUUGCUAACGCUCGUGCAAGGGAGUAAUGGAGCCAGUAUAAAUUCCCAGCUGCAAAGCGGUCCUCCACAAUUCAGUGGUGCCGCGAUAGCUCCGCCCACAGCACAACCACUGCCUUCGACGCUCUUCGCGAUGAAUCCUUCCUUGCACCAGCAGCAACAGACUAUUCAUUCUCGGGCAAGACUCUUAAAUAUGCAGCAGCCGUUUGAUCCGUAUGCUCAUUUGUCGAGCGCUAAUUUACAAUCUGUUCUGCAAAACCUUCCCGCCGGGACCCUUUAUGCUGCUUUACAGCAACAAAGGCAAUUACAGCAAGGCGACGGACCUGGUUAUCCAAUCGAUGACAGCCUCCGCAACAAGAACGAUAACAAAUCCUCAUCAUUAGGGAAAGAUGGACGAUGA